CACGUGCCGUGUAGGGUGAGGGGUGAUUCCUGCGGCGGAAGUGGCGUAAAGCCCAGGGCCAUUUCCGGUAUUGCCAUUGCAGCCGGAGCCGCCGCCGCCCGGGAUGUAGGGGCUGUGUGAAUGUUCAAGAACACAGAAACUCAAGACCCUUUGUGUGUUGACCAGAUGUCGUCCCGCAAAGGGUCAGCAACCAGCCAAGGAAAUGGACUUUCCAACAGCAGCCGAGAAGGAGACGAUUUGGAGCUGGCAGAACUGGGGCCGCUGCUAGAGGAGAAGGGAGACCAGGGAGCAGCCAGCGUAAGCCACAAUCCAAUGGAGUGUCCCCAAGCGGGGCAGCUGCUGGGAUCUGCAAACCAAACCCAUUCGGCCAAGGAGCAGCCAUGCACAGCGCCGCAGGAGGAGGAGGAGGAGGAGGAGGUGGUUCGCGUGCUGACUCUACCUCUGCAGGCUCAUCACGCUAUGGAAAAGAUGGAGGAAUUUGUGUAUAAGGUGUGGGAAGGGCGCUGGAGGGUGAUUCCCUAUGAUGUGCUCCCAGACUGGCUGAAAGAUAACGAUUACCUCUUGCAUGGACACAGACCCCCUAUGCCGUCCUUCAGAGCUUGCUUCAAGAGCAUCUUUCGAAUACACACCGAGACGGGCAACAUCUGGACUCACUUACUAGGUUUUGUGUUGUUCCUCUUCUUGGGGAUUCUGACCAUGCUCAGACCCAACAUGUACUUCAUGGCCCCUCUUCAGGAGAAGGUGGUGUUCGGGAUGUUCUUCCUUGGAGCAGUGCUAUGCCUCAGCUUUUCCUGGCUUUUCCACACCGUCUACUGUCACUCGGAGAAGGUCUCUCGGACAUUUUCAAAAUUGGAUUACUCAGGAAUAGCACUGCUGAUUAUGGGGAGCUUUGUCCCCUGGCUCUAUUACUCGUUCUACUGCUCACCGCAGCCUCGGCUCAUCUACCUCUCCAUUGUCUGUGUCCUGGGCAUCUCCGCAAUCAUUGUCGCUCAGUGGGACCGGUUUGCAACCCCCAAGCACAGACAGACCAGAGCAGGGGUAUUUUUGGGGCUGGGGCUGAGUGGCGUUGUGCCCACCAUGCACUUCACCAUCGCUGAAGGGUUUGUGAAAGCCACCACCGUGGGCCAGAUGGGCUGGUUCUUCCUCAUGGCUGUGAUGUACAUAACAGGAGCAGGGCUGUAUGCUGCCCGCAUCCCAGAGCGCUUCUUUCCUGGCAAGUUUGACAUCUGGUUCCAGUCGCAUCAGAUCUUCCACGUGCUGGUGGUGGCUGCAGCCUUUGUCCACUUCUAUGGAGUCUCAAACUUGCAAGAAUUUCGCUAUGGACUCGAAGGGGGAUGUACGGACGACUCUCUGCUCUGAGAACAUCUAAUGACUUUAGUACCAGCUUCCUAAGUGCUUUUUUAAACUACUUCUUUGCUAAAAUCAAAGGAAGACUCUCAACUCUUUGGGUUUUUUGUUUUGUUUUUUUAAGAGGAUGUUCUCCAGCAAAGUCCAUAAUGACCAAAUCCUUGCCCCGUCUCCGAGUGAUUUGCUGGACAUUGCCAAUGGUGUCCAAUAGGAAGAAGCACGUUCAACUAUUAGCCCUUCCUGGGGAAUAAAAACCCUCCUCCACCACACAGUGUUCUAAUCACAUUAGGAUUUUCUGUCUAAUGCAGAAAUUCUGUUUCUGAAAGCCAGGGGUGCAGAUUGCCUGCUCCCCAGCACAGAAGUGUGGCCCCAUUUUUAGCCCAGUUCUGGAGAGACAGGAAACCCAUGUAUUAGUCCAUGGUCUGGGUCUCCUCCAUAUCUGAAGGAGUAACCUGCCUCUUUCCUGAGGACUGGCCCCAGAGCCUGCAGUGCUAAUGAACAGGGGCUGUUCACAGGUUCAUGUAACUUACCUUUUAACUAUCUUUUUCUUGACACAGUAAUGUAAAUGGAAUAAGAGACUAUUUAAUAUUUAAUACUAAGCUUUAAAGAGAGACUUGGUGCCACUUCAAUGCGUCUGCCUAUGAGCUGUUUGUGGUAACACAGGAGGGUCAGGACAGUAUUUUAGGGGAAUGUAGAGCUGCUGUAGCUGACUGAAAUAAAAAGGUCAAUAGUUAUUGUCAUGC